AUGGAGCCUGAAAGUCCGGCCAUCGGGGUCGUCGGUCUCGCCGGGCUUUUCAACGCCUGCCUGGCGACUGUCGCGAGAAUCGAUGCCAACAAAGAGUUCGGGAAUGACUCGCAUGCUCUCGCAACCCAAUUCCAUGCCAUCAGGCUUCUCCUUGAGCGAUGGGGCCGCGCGGUUGGCCUCGAGAAAGGACAGGUCUCGGCUCACCACCAUCCCGGCCUAGAUGACCUCGAUCUAGGGAAUCCAGAAGACGCGGUAGUCACGAAGCCGUUCAGCCUGGCUCGACGCCCGGCUAUCCCAUCCGCUCCCCUGACGCCAAAACGACAAAAGCUUGCGUGGGCGUUGAGAGGGAAAGAGAGGCUGGCCUCUGAAGUUGAAACGCUGGAUGGUUUGGUUCGGAAGCUGUACGAGCUCAUCCCUACCGGGGACUCGAACAAGGCAGCCGAAAUCAGUGCAACGAACAGUGACGCCUUUCGGAAGCUACAAGCCGGCACAGAAUCGUGGACCAAGGAUAUCCAAAACACGCUAAAGAAAAUUGAGCAAGACAUUAAGGCCGAGACGCGGAGAGAAUUGCAUAUGUGGAUAGCAGCCGACGUUCCGAGCGACGCCUAUGAAGAUCUCAAAGAGACUCGAGCACCAGGCACCUGCAACUGGAUCCUAGACCGAAAAGAGUUUCGUGACUGGCUCAAGCCAAAUGGGGAUUCUUCCGUGUCUCCGGUGCUGUGGGUUAAUGCCAUUGCAGGCUGUGGGAAGACAGUGUUAUGCGCAAGGGUAGUUGAGUACCUCUCAGAGACCCUAAAAACGCCAAUUGCUCAUUUCUUUCUAUCCUCCCAAAACGCUAGUCGGGAUGACCCUUAUCUAGCUAUCCGAUCAUGGAUCAUUCAGGUUAUAGGUCAGGACGCCGAUGCAUUCAACCUUGUUCGAGCAAAGCGGCUGUCCUAA